AUGGCGGAUCAGCUUACCGAUGACCAGAUCUCCGAGUUCAAGGAAGCUUUCAGCCUAUUCGACAAGGACGGAGAUGGCUGCAUCACCACAAAGGAGCUGGGGACAGUGAUGAGAUCACUUGGGCAGAACCCGACAGAAGCCGAGCUGCAGGACAUGAUCAACGAAGUGGAUGCAGACGGUAACGGGACAAUAGAUUUCCCAGAGUUCCUGAACCUAAUGGCGCGCAAGAUGAAAGACACUGAUUCAGAGGAGGAGCUUAAAGAAGCCUUCAGGGUUUUUGACAAGGACCAGAAUGGUUUCAUCUCCGCGGCUGAGCUCCGUCACGUGAUGACAAAUCUUGGGGAGAAGCUGACGGAUGAAGAAGUUGAUGAGAUGAUCCGAGAGGCUGACGUCGACGGUGAUGGGCAGAUCAAUUAUGAUGAGUUCGUCAAAGUUAUGAUGGCAAAGUGA